CCCCCCCCCCCCCCCCCCAUAAGUCAUCGAACUUGUAUCUGUAUUUCAGGAAAUCGUUUGAAAAGCGAUCUUUCAAGACACUUGAGUUCUUAUCGCCGACUUCGCUCGCGGUAUCUUUCGCCUGGGAGAUACUGUUUUUAAGGCGACAUUCCAGGCUCAGCCUCGCCCCACUUUUCACCUCCAGCCGCCGUUGUCUCGCAACAAGCUAGCCCAAACACUCUUACUCGCCGUAAGAAAACACCACCAUCAAUCGACCCAGAAUAACAAUACCUAUGAUGAUGUUUUCAAACGCGGAACCGAAGCGGAAAGAUAUGACUACACGCCCAUAUAAAUGUCCCAUGUGCGACAAGGCCUUCCACCGCUUGGAACAUCAAACCCGACAUAUACGAACGCAUACCGGCGAGAAGCCACACUCAUGUUCUUUCCCAGGCUGCAACAAGAAAUUUUCACGUCUGGAUGAACUCACCAGACACUCCAGAAUACAUACCAACCCAAACAGCCGGCGCAACAAGAAUCUUUCCAAGGUUGGCAGCGAGGCGUCGCCAGGCGUCAUCGAACAGACGCCCCAAGAUCCAACUCUGGGCCCCGCGAUACUCUCAUCGAUGAUGAACAUAGACAUUCUCGCAUCAGCGGCAACAGAAGAACUCAAAUCCCCCAAAGUUGAUGUGCCUCCAAACUCUCAAUCACUUCCUUCACUCAAAGACUACUUUGGCUCAGCUGAUGCUUCCAAGUUUGGCGGGUUCACGCCCCUGGGGUCCCUGAAUAACCUACAAUACUUAUCGACCCCAAGUCGUUCCCGCGUACUCGAAGAUAGUGAUUUGGAAUAUGUGAAGCAAAAGCUCAAAAAGAGCAGGCCAAAUUCGCCAGCUAACAAUUUCAGCAUACCGACUUCGCCAAUACUUGGCCUCUCCAAUAUCAAUACUCCAAUUUUAUCCGCGAACAAUUCAUCCACCAAUUUAGCCACCUUUUUUAAACCACCAGCAGGCUUAUCGGCAAACAUCAAGAUCCCAUCGUUGGAUCGAACCCCACAAUUCAAUUCUAGCGGCCUGAAUUCCGAUUCAAACAACCUUGACAAAAACAAGGAUCAGAAUGAUUAUUCUGCCAUGACGGACUCUGCUAAACAACAAGACCCCAAUCACCUUCCCCCAUUAAGAAGCUUGAGGUUAGAUCUACCCCAAAACCUCACGAUGCAAGCAGAAUUUUGA